UGAAUUCUCAAAACAACUUUGAAAGCUCUGACAGCCACAUCCAUGUCCCAUAUGUUCACUCCCCCCCACUCUCUGCUCAACCAAAAGAGAUCAUCUUCCUUUUCCUUUCCGUUCAUUACUCCUCACCUUCCUCUCAAAAAUCUUCAUCAUCUUCUUCUUGUUGCGGAUCAUUGUCUGAAUCUCAAUCUAUCGAUUUGAUUUUGGUAUGGCUGGUGGUGGUGGAGGUGGAGGUGGUUAUUUUGGAGUUCUGGUGUCAGAUCCAUGGCUCCAGAACCAGUUCACGCAAGUGGAGCUCAGGGGCUUGAAGGCUCAUUUCAUGAGCAUGAGGCGAGAGGGCGACAAUGGACGGCUCAGCCUCCGGGAUUUGUCCUCCAAGAUGUCCAGGCUCAAGGUUGUUGGGGAGAAUCUGAGCGAGGAGGAGCGCGCUUCGUUUCUCCGAGAUUCGUACCAGAACUUGGACGAGGAUCUUGAUUUCGAGCUCUUUUUGAGGGUCUAUUUGAAACUGCUAGCUCAUGCGAGUUCUAGAGUCGGAAGUGCUGCGAAAAACUCAUCCGCAUUUCUCAAGGCUGCUACCACCACUUUGCUUCACACGAUUAGCGAAUCCGAGAAGGCGUCCUAUGUUGCACAUAUUAACAAUUACCUUGGCGAAGAUAAGUUUUUAAAGCAAUAUCUUCCCAUGGAUGCUUCCACCAAUGAUCUGUUCGAGAUUGCUAAGGAUGGAGUUCUUCUAUGUAAGCUCAUCAAUGUGGCAGUUCCCGGAACAAUUGAUGAACGUGCCAUUAACACGAAGAGAGUACUCAAUCCUUGGGAGAGGAAUGAAAAUCACACCCUCUGCCUCAACUCUGCCAAAGCUAUUGGAUGUACUGUGGUCAAUAUCGGGACACAGGACUUCAUUGAAGGAAGGCGCCAUCUUGUGCUUGGUUUAAUUUCUCAAAUCAUCAAGAUUCAACUUUUAGCUGAUCUCAACUUGAAGAAAACACCUCAGUUGGUGGAGUUGGUUGAUGAUAGUAAGGAUGUGGAGGAGCUGAUGAGUCUACCACCAGAGAAGAUCUUACUUCGGUGGAUGAAUUUUCAACUGAAGAAAGCAGGAUAUAAGAGAAUAGUUACAAACUUCUCUACUGAUGUGAAGGAUGGAGAGGCAUAUGCUCACCUUUUAAAUGUGCUUGCACCUGAGCAUAGCAAUCCAUCUACAUUAUCUGUGAAAGAUCCUUUAGAAAGGGCAAAGUUAAUUCUUGAACAUGCAGAUAGGAUGGGUUGCAAGAGAUACUUAACCGCAAAAGAUAUUGUGGAAGGUUCUCCAAAUCUUAACCUUGCUUUUGUUGCACACAUUUUUCAACAUAGGAAUGGGCUGUCAACCCAAGCGAAACAGAUAUCUUUUCUUGAAACUUUACCGGAUGACACCCAAAUCUCUAGAGAAGAGAGAGCAUUUCGCUUUUGGAUAAAUAGUCUUGGAAAUUCAACAUAUAUCAACAACGUUUUUGAAGAUGUGAGAAAUGGGUGGGUACUUUUAGAGACUCUUGACAAGGUGUCUCCAGGGAUUGUUCAUUGGAAGAUUGCAACUAAGCCUCCCAUUAAAAUGCCAUUCAGAAAAGUAGAAAACUGCAAUCAAGUUGUAAAGAUUGGGAAACAAUUAAAGUUUUCCCUGGUUAAUAUUGCUGGAAAUGAUAUUGUACAGGGAAACAAGAAAUUAAUAUUGGCUUAUUUGUGGCAAUUGAUGCGAUUCAACAUCCUCCAACUUCUAAAGAACUUGAGGUUUCAUUCCCAUGGGAAGGAAAUCAUUGAUGCUGAUAUUCUUGAAUGGGCUAACAGCAAAGUGAGAAGUUUGGGAGGUCAAAGUCACAUGGAUAGUUUUAAGGAUAAGAGUUUGUCAGAAGGCAUUUUUUUCCUUGAGCUACUUAGUUCUGUGCAGCCUAGAGUUGUAAAUUGGAGUCUUGUUACGAAAGGACAAACCGAUGAGGAGAAAAAGAUGAAUGCCAGUUAUAUCAUCAGUAUUGCAAGGAAACUUGGAUGUUCAAUAUUUUUGCUUCCUGAAGACAUCACAGAGGUAAAUCAGAAGAUGAUCCUCACACUGACAGCAAGUAUCAUGUACUGGUUUCUGAAACAACCUGUUGAAGAAAGACCAUCUGGAGCUUCAGAUAGUGAGAAUGGGAGCCAAUCUGAGACAAUCUCAAACUCGACAAUGGAUGACACUGCUUCGGAGUCAUCAAUAGAAGAGAAUGGGACUAGAUGAAUAGGUGUUUCCUGCAGAACUUUUGCUAAAGUUCUAUAGAUUCUUUCCCCCUCUUGAUUUGUUUUCUUCUUCUUGGAUUCAAAUUUGAUGUUGAAGAUCAGUGUAUGGCAUUGAUACAUGUAUUUCUGAAGCAAAUUUUGCGAAAAGCAUAUAUGCAUAUGUGAAUAGUGUUUUUUCUUUUUCAAAAAUAUAUUUGUACUGUAUUUAUUUUGUUUGAGCUAUGACUACAAUUUUUGCUG